AACAAGAAUGUUCCACUUCCGAACAGCUGGUCAAAUUUCUUAGCUUUACCGGAAAACAAGGCAAACUUGGCCAAAUUUCUGUCCGAACAUUUAAUUGCAAAUGCACCUCAAGAAAAAGUCAUUGUUGUUGCAGGUGGAUUUUCCGACGGAAAAGAAGCACAAUCGUCAAGCCAAUUGGUUGAUCCUUCUCUUUUGUGCGCAGAUCACGAAGAAGCUGAUACAAGACUGGUUCUACAUGCUAUCGUCAACAGUUGUGACACGGUUGUUGUGUCUGCCAGAGAUACUGACGUACUGUUACUUCUUGUGGCGCAUUUGCCAAGUAUGCCUUCUCCAAAUGUGUGGAUGAUGGCAGGAACAGCGGCCAGGCGCAAGUUUUUUAACAUCAGGGCGAUAAGCGAGAAUCUUCCCGCGGGAUCACUAUCAGCGCUCCUCCCUUUCCAUGCGCUGACUGGUUGUGACACAACGUCAUAUAUCUCCAACCACUCCAAAGUGUCAGCGUGGAAGACAUUUGAAGACAAACAUUACCUUCUAGCGUCGCUAGGUGAAGGAGAACUAUAGGCCAACAAAGUCAGGGAUGCCGAAAUGUUCAUCUGUGCGAUUUACAACUGCGGGCACAUGGAAUCAGUGAAUGAUGCGCGAGUUCUUCUCUUUUCGAAGACAAAGAAGCCUGAAGCGUUGCCUCCGACCAAGGAAGCACUGGAAUUGCAUAUCAAGCGCGUGCACUAUCAAUCACUCGUGUGGAAACAAGCUUCAUGCCAGGAUACUAUCCUGCCAAACCCGGACGGAAUGGGAUGGAAGAGAGAAAGCGAAGGCGGCAGUAAACUCGUCCCUCUCCUUAUGACAAAGGAACCCAUUCCGAACGCAUGCAAGGAAAUUAUAUCCUGCUCUUGUAAAAGUGGCUGCACGACAUUACGCUGUGGCUGCAAGAAAGCAAAGUUGUUCUGUACUGGCGUCUGCGGCUGCUCUAUGGACGAAAAAAUUUCCUGCAAGAACAAAUGCGAUAAGUGAACAGAACAGUGAGGUAUGAUCAGAAUUUAGAAUACGCGGUAAGUAUAUUAGGGAGCUUGCCAUGCACUGUGUCAUAUAAUUAACUCUGAUAAUGAGCAUUUAUUGAAUUUUUUUGAACAUUUUUGCCAACAUAAAGGUGAAAGAUAUUUGUGAUUGAAAAUGGCUUAAACAUGCUAUAAUUGGAUGAGUAACAAAUCUAAAAUAUUUAUUUCUCUUGAAUCUAUAUGUGCUGUGACGUCAUUCCUCAGUAACGAACCGUGAGAUUGCAAUCGACGAUUAUAAGAUCCACAGACUUGACCGGUUACACAAGAAAGGUGGAGGUGUCUGUGCUUAUAUCAAGAAGAAUAUUAUAGCAACUGUCUUAAAAGAUUUAUCGAAGGUGUCAGUCUCUCACUUUCAUCAACUAUGGAUAAAUCUACAAUGCCAAAAAACAAAUCAAUAAUAAUUUGUGUAACUUACCGACACUUCUCUAAAUUGUUUCGAAGAUUUACUUAAGCCAAAUUAUGUUCAAGCUUUAACUUUGAAUAAACAGAUUUUAGUGCUCGGUGACUUAAAUUGUAACAUGCUAGAAAACGGCCAAGAGAGGAGAGCGCUAACAAAUAUUUCUACAGAAUUAAAUCUCACACAGAUUAUUAAAACUCCAACUAGAAUCACGGCGACGUCCCAAACGCUUAUUGAUGUUAUUCUAGUCUCAUCCACAGCACUUGUUCUUAAGAGUGGUGUUAUUAACACUUCUAUCAGUGACCACUUACCAGUGUACGUCCUACUAAAGUUAAAGGCCCCAAAGAUGGCAGCAUGUUACAUUACAACUAGGAGUUAUAAAAACUAUAAUCCCUCACUAUUUUCCUCUGACCUUGUCACUAAAUCGGAUCGUCUGUUAUCCAUAUUAUCCAACACCAACGUUAAUACAAUACUCGAAACCUUCAAAGAUGUUCUUCACUCAACUCUCGACGUGCAUGCACCGUUAAAAACCUUCAAAAUUCGAAAUCGAUCAUGUCCAUAUGUCACCAAUGAAAUAAAAGAACUCAUGAAGUCUCGGGACCUACACCUCCGUCGGUUUCAACUGACACGUGAUGAAGGUGAUUGGGUAGUUUACAAAGAAUAUCGUAAUAACGUAAAAACCAAAAUUAAAGCCGCAGCGAAGGACCACACCUUCAACGAAGUAAGAGAACAUAAACACAAUUCGAGAUCCCUAUGGAAAAUAAUUAAUAAUAUAAUUCCCUCGAAGGAAAAGGAAACACAAGUUUAUAGUAAAGAUCCAAAAACAGUUGCAGAAGAUUUCAACCUUUUUUUUACUUCUGUGGGACGGAACGCUGCUGCGACAGCCGAAAGUUUAGCCAAAGACAACAAUGUUGCACUGUCAAAUCCUCUGUCAAAUGUAAUCACUUAUCCAUCUGAUCAACUGUUCAAUUUCCAAUCCGUUACUUGUACAGAGGUUCAACGCAUUAUCAUGGCUAUGCCAAGUAAUAAGUCACCAGGACCAGAUAAAAUAGGCAUGCGUGCCAUCAAAGACUGUCUUCCAAUUAUACUGGGUCCUCUUACGCAUAUGAUAAAUUGCUCUCUAAUGACAAGCACAUUCCCUGACCUAUGGAAGAUUUCUGAAGUUAUACCCCUACUAAAAGAAGGAGACCACGAGAUAGCCUCAAACAAUCGGCCUCUCUCACUACUCGAGGUAGUUUCAAAAGUUUGUGAAAAAGUUGUUCUAAAUCAAUUUAGCUCCUACCUCAAAGAAUUUAAUCGCAUAUCGUCACAUCAAAGCGGGAAUAGGCGUCUUCACUCCACCGAAACCUUAAACAUAUUUGUUACCGAUACGAUGUUGGAAGCCAUAGACAACAAAAAUCUAACGGCACUAAUUUUAUUGGAUUUAUCCAAGGCAUUUGACAGUGUCAGUCAUUCGAUUUUAUUACACAAAUUGAGUUGUAUCGGUGCUUCACCCGAAGCUGUUAAAUGGUUCCGAGACUAUUUAACAGGCAGAUCCCAAUACGUGCGCAUUGGAUCCACCAAGUCAUCAGCUCGCCCAAUAACCCAUGGCGUUCCACAAGGUGCAAUACUAUCACCACUUCUGUUUUGCAUCUAUAUUAAUGAUCUGCCAGGUAGCAUACAAUCGUGUAACCUUGACUUAACGACUCAAAGCUUUACAAAUCAUUCU